CUACCCUGUCCCUCCCUCCAUCGACCUGUUGCUGUCGCGCCUCGCGCUCUCGUCUGCCGCACGGUGGCGCGCUUUCCAAUGGUGGCCGACGAGGAUGACGGUACGGCUUGCACCGUGGGAGAACUUGAAGCUGUGCAGGGGCAAUUUGUGUUGCCAUGUACCGCUUUCUGACCGAGCCUUGGAGCCGCUGAACGAAGCUCCGCGUACAGCGUCCGUGAGCCCUCGUCCUGCAACGGAGCAGGUAAGCUGUCCGACGCGGUACCGGGCCGGGUCUGUUUUUUUGUUUGUUUGUUUUGUCUUGUUGCAUAUGGCUCUCUGUUCAAUACAGGCAUAAAACGCGGUGCUGAAUGAGCGAAUGUCGCCCGCAUUCCCUGAUGUCGGGAAAGUUGACUGGGUGAGGUGAAAUCGCCGGCCGACGUGAUGCCUUCAAAUACCUUUCGCUCCAGAAAUGUAAGGAGGAAUUCACAGGGAGCGCGCAGGUGGAUUGGAGAGGCUGUUGCCGUUAACACUGGCUGUAAUAUAAGGCCGAGCAGGUGCACAUUACAGAGAAGGACAGGGCCGACUGAGCAGAGAGAGAGGGAGAGACGAGGCAGGGAGGAAGGGGUGGUCUCUCUUAUAGGUCGUACAAAAGAACCAGUGUUUCCUCUCCCCGAGCGCUGAGUGAAGGCAGUCGUGGCGGUGCAGGAGGAAAGAGAGAGAGGCCCUUCGCUCACAUUGUCCUCACAUAGCCCCUAACCCUCUCAGGCACCCCCCACCAUACACAACGCACCCCCCGUCACCCCUCACCCAGUGGCCCACUCGCAGCUCUCCUGCAACAUGUGGGUGCCUGCUAGAGCUUUACAUCUAAUAGGAGUUCAUGAGAAGAAGCGGUGUUGUUUGUCAGAAGCUCGAUGGACAACAGUAAGAAGAUAAUGAAAAGUGCAGCUCAGUUAUGCUGUUUAGUACAGGACUCUGCUGUGAAAAGACCGCCUUCUCCAGAAUAUGCCCUGUCUCCAUGGUAACAGGCCUCAGGCAGACCUGGAAAAACAUUUGGCCAAAUUUGUCCACUGUUGUCCCGCCCACCAAUCCUGGACUGGACUGAAGAGGAUUUUGACAAAAGUUCACACAAUUAGGAUUCUCUCUAUAUGAUUAAUCUUCUCUAUUAUUAACUGCAGUUAUUUUACCAUUUGGAGUGCAUUCACAGGACCCAGGAUGCAUAAAAUGGUGCCUGAAAUUGAAAGUUGUUGUAAUUUUAGAACGUAUUAUAUUUUGCUCUUGGGAUCCCAAUGACAGCAACCCUGUAUACGCUCAGCAUGUAUGCCUGAAACCAACAGGAAGCAUUAUGUCAGGAAUGUAUUCAUUCUCAAUUAAGGGAUCUUAAACUGGACUGCACCAGUCCCAAGCUGGUCUGAAAGGACUCCUAAUCAAGGACCAGGAUGCACCAGCUGUUCAGCCAGGUGCUGGGGCAGAGAGAUCUGUCCAGAGCGGGGGACUUAUUUUCUCUGGAGGACGCGGAGAUCGAAGACUGUCUGUCUCAGGCCUUGGACCAGAUCAAGGUCAUCUCCUGCUCACCGGACUACUUGACCAAUGACAAUGACCAGGCUGUGGUGGAGAUUUGCAUAACGCGCAUCACCACGGCCAUUAGGGAGACGGGCUCCAUCGAGCAGCACAGCACGGCGCUGGUGGGGCUGUGGGAGUCGUGUCUGGAGCAUAAUCUCACCCCGCAAGGUGAAAACACAGAGGACACGCCGCAUGCUAAGAUAGCCUCCGACAUCACCAGCUGUAUCCUGCAGAACUACAGCUGUCCGUCAGUCAUGGUUCUGGCCGUCCCGGUAGCGGUGCGGUUCCUGCAGAGAGGGAACAGGGAGCUGAGCAGGAACAUGUCCAGUUAUCUCUCCCUGGCUGCUAUCGCCAAGGCUGAUCUGCUGGCCGAACACACGGAGGCCAUAACGCUCAGUGUGCUGGGAGGUAACCACAUGCUGUUACGGGUGUUGCCCUCGGUCUACCCCCGACAGCCAGACACCAUCCACUGUCACCUGGGCAACCUCACUGCCAUGAUGUCACAGCUGGAGUCCCCGGAGCAGCAACACCUGAUCAGACUUAUUCAGAUGGUGGCAGAGCAACAUCCACUUAUGUUGAGCCCUCAGGUGCCCACACUAGUCAGUUACCUAGGAGACCAUUCCCUAACUGAGGCCCUGCUGGUCGCGCUGGUGGACGUGUCACAGGCCAGCCCUUCCUCACUGGUCAGCUUCCUGCCAGCGCUGAGGAUUGUGGGACAGCAGUGUCCUGCUCUCCUGGGUCACGUGGCUGAAAUCCAUGGUGCUGUGGGGAUCAUCAGUGAGGCUCAUGCUCACAGCUCGUUGGUCUACCUGGUGUCCCUUCUGGGCAGCAUGGAGCACAGCUUUCACCACACGCUGCUGCUGGAGAUCAGAGCUCUGACCGAUCGUUACCCGUCUAUACUGGGAGGCUGUGGGAAAGACAUCUACAGGAUAAGCAACUCGUUUACUGCUAUAGCCAGACUGCUGGGGAGGAGACUGGAGGAGAGCACGGCCAUGCACUGCAGGGUGGCCGAGGCAUGCCCACCGUCUCCCUGUGCAUCUCAUCCCGGAGGGGGAGGAGGAGUAGGGGGAGAUGAAAGGUCAGAGCAGCGGCUGCAGGUGAAGAUCCAGGCCUUUGAGGAGAAAAUGGGGGAAGAGGUGGGUGAGGUGGAGGUGGAGGAAGACUCUCCUGCCCCCCAGCGACGCUACAGCCUGAGCCAAGCUGUCAGGGAGGAGAGGCGAGAGAUGAGAUUCAACAGGUCAAAGAGCCUGGCCCUCCACGCUGUGCGCUCGCGCUCCAUCAACUCAGACACCGGGGAGGACGGUGAGGGGUUGGAGCCGAGCCCAGACAACAUCUUCUCCAACACCUUGGCGAAUUCACACUCAGAAAACCAGGAAGCACCUCCUGCUGAGAGGAAACUGAUGGCUGACAGCUCCAUGCCCGUCACUCCUGCCCUGAACAGAAGGGUCAAAGAGGCUGACAGAAGUCACAGGAGGGAGACGGAUGGACAGAAGGAGGAGCAGGAGGAAGCCGAUAGACUCUUCAUUCAUUUAAGAGACAACAUGGAGGUGAUCAGAGACUUCUGUAAAGCCAUGAUGCAGCAGAUCCCCACACCAGAUCACUGUGUGAUAGAAGAUUCAAAUCGAGGAUGUGUGGCCAAGCUGUCGUUCUCCUGUCCUCUUAAGGGUCAUUACUGUCUGUACGCCAAGUCCAGUUUCAACCUGACCAGCCGACAGCCUCAUCUGUGGAUACACAUCAUGCUGCUGCAUCUACAGAGUAAGUCCAGUGUCCCCCUGUGCUCCAGGGACGAAUGUAUUCAGAGACUUGCUUCUCUUUGGGAGAAGACGCAGCUGAAGGGAGCUCACAGCUUUCCCUUGGCCAUGACGCAGCAUGCCACCCCACACAGAAAGGACCUGGACAGUCUCCAGAUUCAGCUGGAGGAGGUGCGUUUCUUUGAUCUGUUUGGCUACAGCGAGGAGGAGGGAGGCUGGCUCUGCUUCAUGUGUAACAACCCUGAGAAGGCCACAGUUGUGAACCAGGAGGGGCAGCCUCUGAUCGAGGGGAAGCUGAAGGAGAAGCAGGUCCGCUGGAAGUUCAUCAAGCGCUGGAAAACCCGCUACUUCACCCUGGCAGGAAACCAGCUCCUCUUCCGGAGGGGCAAAUCAAAAGAUGAGCUGGAUGACAUCCCUAUUGAGUUGAGCAAGGUGCAGAGUGUCAAGGUGGUCGCCAAGAAGCGGCGUGAUCGCGGCCUGCCUCGGGCCUUUGAGAUCUUCACAGACAGCAAGACGUACGUGCUGAAAGCUCAGGAUGAGAAACAUACCGAGGAGUGGCUGCAGUGCAUCAACGUGGCCGUGGCUCAGGCCAGAGAGAGGGAGAACAGAGAGGCUACCACCUACCUGUGAGACGAACACAUGCAACUAAUGAGGACUCUACACGUAUCAAGCUGUGUUUCCACUGCAGGAACUUUCCCCAGGAACUAGGAACGUUUGGGUCUUAAUUAAGUUCUGGGAACAUUAUUUUACCACCCAAAAGUCCUUGCAUGGGGCGUUGUACCUGCAACAUUUUACUUCAGUCAUCAUUUUUCAAAAUCUGCAGCCGCAAACCAGUUAAUUUUUUGUUCACCCACUGUCGAUACACCAACAUGGCGUUACAGAUGAAAGGAUACGUUAUUAGAUCAUGUAAUCAUGUGCAGAAAUGUCAUUGCUUUUUCAUUGUAAGCAGACUAAUUAACCUGGUCUUUGCGGGCCUUUCAACUGUGGUGGAGACGCAGACAACAACAACGGGCUGAAGGAACCUUUCAGUUCCUUGAAGACGCCAUUCCUGGGACUAAAAGUUCCAGAUUUAGGUGGAAACUUGGCUCUAUUGGUAAUAAUUCUAUGCACACGUGCAAACUCAUACAAAAACAAGUUUAGCUUCACACACACACAAAAAAACACACAAAACAGCCACUGCCAGUAGCAUAAUCUCAUCAAGUAAAGAGAGCCUAGAAGAAAUGAUCAAAAAGACUCAUUAUGCAGAAUUUAAAAAAAAGAAAAGAAAACUACUUAAAAUAAACCAGCAAUAACAGACUCACAGUGUGGUGUUUAUCCACCAAUGAUAAACAAUGGUGACAUGUUUAAAAUACUGCCUCUAACUAUUGUUACAUCCCUGAUGUAUCUACAGCUGUAGACCUUCAUAAAUGAAUGUUACAGUACAGAGGUGUUACAGACCUUCACAUGACUUUCAACUUGAGCCCAGACUCUGCUGUGAACUUCAACAAACCAAACCAAACGUGCAUCUGUGGAAACUUGGGAUGUCUGAGUGUGACCCAUGAUGAUUGAGACGAGCUUGAGUCCAGAGUAUUAUUUAGCAAUAAAGACUUCACUGAAGAACAGACCUCAUAAAGACUUGUAGCAAUAAUGAGACUGAACAGAUCUCCCUGAAAGCAGGAAGGACAAAGAAGAGGAGGCUAAUGGACAACAGCUGGGAAAAGGCAUUCAAUACUGGAAUAACAUGCGCGCGUGUGUGUGUGAGAGAGAGAGACAAAGAGACAAAGUAUGAUGUUGUCUAAAAGGAAUAUUUCAACCUUUGGAGAAACAAACUCAUUUGGUUUCUUGCCGAGAGUCCAGUGAAAAAACUGCUACCACUCUCAUGCCCAUACACUAAAUUUGAAGCUAAAGCCAGAUGUCUGUUAGCUUAGCUUAGCAUCAAGAAUGGAACAGAGAAAAAAGGCUGAUCUGGCUCCAAAGUUUACUAAUAACCAACUCACAUUUUUUGUUUGUUUAAUCUGUGCAAAAACCAAAGUAUAUCAAAAAUAAAACAAGUUGUUGUUUGAUGGGGGUUGUGUGCGGGACUGUUUCUUGGCCAGGUGCAGUGAGUUCCUGUAAUUUUUGCUGGUUUCCUGGCAACCUCAAGGUAACUUCAAGAUUCAGGAAUUUGCUGCUUCAGACCAAGAAGUAGUCCCACCAGCACUCCCUGUAAAAUCCAACUUCUCAACCUUAGGACAGAGCCAGGCUAGCUGUUUCCUUAACCUUCCUUAACCUUAAUGCUAAGUUAAGCUAAACAGCUGGUGGCUCAUAUUAAUGUGACAGAGUUGUAUUGAUCUUCUCACCUAACCCUUGGCAAGAAUUAUUGAAAUGAUUGCUUUAAUGUACAUAUUGUUCUCAUGUGGAACAUGGAUGUACAUAUUCAGUCUAGUCUUUUAAAUGAUUUUUAUCAUGUCUCUUCUGUAUUUUUGAUUUAUACUGUGUUUUUUAUAUCUAACAAAACGUUUUCUCCUCCAGAGGUCAGUAGGCAACAGCUCGAGUUAAUUAAGACCCAAAGUGUUUCAUCCAACAUAUAAGAUCAACACUGUUUGAAGAAAAAAACUGAGCCUGUUUUCCGUUUAUGCUCUUAUGCUACAGUGACUAAUGAAGCAGCCCCCUAAAGACUGGUCAGUGGUCAGAUUUCCGCUCUUUUGCAAUCUUGAUACUGUAUGGAUUGGCUUAUUUCUGUCUUUCUGCAGCAAUUCAGUCCAGUAUUACACUCCAGUGUCUGCUCAACUGUUGCUUAAUACUGGAAGUAGACCACAGAUUUCUAAGAAAACACUGCCAUAAAUAAGUGGUUUCCUUGCAGAUUCAUAAACAGUCCCACUUAAGUCAGAUUGAUUUAUGAUGAUUCAUUGAAAGGCUGCAUCAAUAUCCAUCUCUGUCGUCUUAAAACAGCCACUCACCAAAGGUUAGAGUUUAAAAGCUUUGAUUUAUAGUGUUUUAUUCUGACCGUGAGUGGAGAAAUUUGAGAAAUGGAAGUGAACAUCCGACUGUUAGAACCUGAGCUCCAGCUUGUCUUUACAGCGUUCCACCUGAAGACUCACAGCCUGUGGCACAACAUAUGUGGAGCCCUAUAACUCACUUAUGUUACUCACCAACCAGGAUUCAGAUGACAAACUUGUCUUGUUCCAGUUAAGCUCUGAACUGCAUGAACCAGACAAACAUUCAUGGUCAGCUGUGGCAAAUCAGUUAUUUUGUAUGAUGUCUGAUUUAGAUCUUUAUCUGGAUCCACAUCUGAACACCGUGUGUCUGCCCACAGGUGCAUGCAUUGCUCUCCUCCUUCGUAUCAAACGCUUUUGGUUUUGGUUAAAUGCAUAAAAUGCAAAGCUCAGAAUAUUUUAUAAAUGCCCAAGGUGCUGUUAAUCUUAACGUCCAUGACUGAAAAGCACAUUUUCUUUGGUCCAAGUUUGUCCCACAGCUUAAUCCCUGUUUGCUGUGUACAGGCAGUCGUACGCUGCCUUUCCCACUGGGUCAGGUUACCGCUGUUUAUACUAUACACCAGAUUUGACCUGCAUCUGAUUCCACAUUAUAUUAUUUACAUCAUGCCUCUCCGUCACACUUUGAUUCCCUUUUUUCUUUUUUUUUCUUUUUACAUUUAUGACCUACUUACAGCUGGCUCUGCACCCCAACAUGAGGGGGAUUUCCUGCAGUAACAAUCAAUGUUUUUUAAAAAACAAAUGUUUUUUGGCCUUGCUAGUGAUGUUGCUUUGGAGACGGCAAUGUCCAUCUGUGUAUCAGUUAGCCCUGACUGAAACAGAUCAGUGACAAUGAUUAAGGGACAUAGUCCUGCAAAACAAAUCAGGCUAGUUUCUAAUCAGCCUCAACUGUGCUUUGUCUGUAAUUGGCAAAUUUUAGCAUGCUAUAGAAUACCACACUAAGGUGCUACAAAUGGUAAACAUUCUAUGUGCUUAACAUCUGCAUGUUAGCACUGUAACUGUGAAGAUGUCUGCCUGCAGAGGUUAGCAUGUAGCUCACUGCACCACUGUUCUGGCAUAGUUUCACAGAGAUAGCAUGAGUGCUAACAUGAUUGUGGGCUUCGGAAUUAAGCUGACCGUGGCUAAUGACAUUGAACAUAUAUCCGCUGUAAUUUGCACUUAAACAAAAAGAACCAAUUAAAACAGAUUUUUCACUGAAGACUAAAGUUCAGAAAGUCUUCUCCUCUUUGCUCUAACUGACCCUUUUAGUUGUAGUGUUGAUUUCAUGGCAUUUGAAGUGAAUGUCUGAUCAUAUGAAUGUCAGAGUUGUCUAAUGUACACAGUCUGCUGUAACGCUGCCAUGUUGGCCUAGUUUUCAGGCCUGUGGGGCCAAUAUGAUCUAUCUAUCUAUCUAUCUAUCUAUCUAUCUAUCUAUCUAUCUAUCUAUCUAUCUAUCUAUCUAUCUAUCUAUCUAUCUAUCUAUCUAUCUAUCUAUCAUCUAUCUGUCUGUCUAUCUGUCUGUCUAAAUUUGUCUCACACUGGAGAAUAGUGAGCUGUUAUUUUGUCUACUCUAAAGCACAAUGAGACUACAUUAACAGUAUAGAGAGCAGAUAAAUUGAUGGAAACACUAGUGCAGAUUUCAACAAUCAAACACACACUUUAUAUGUGAAGGUGAUCCACAUGAGUAUUAACGUUUCUGAAUGUAUAAAUACAUUUUUGAGUAUAAAUAUCCGCCUUGUGUAAAGAAUCAUAGGAUUUCUUUUUUGCUUUAGUGUGCUGUUAAAUUACUUUGAUUUUAUGUCUGAUUUUUUUUUUUUUUAAAUAAAAGGUCAAUAUUUAUUAUUUACAAGCACUAUUGUGACACUUAAUGUCUGGAAAGACUGAUGUCUCCUCUGUGUCUUCCCUUUCUUUUCCAUCAUUUUUAUAUUAAUAAUGCAAUAAAGGAACGCUGUAUUUUAUUGACUACUUUAACCGGUAUAGUAAUGGACUGUUUAGUUGCCUGUUAACCCAUUUGCAUGUCUGACACUGCCUUCUCGUCUUUUUUUUGACAGAAUUGUACAAUAAAUCUUUACAAGUG